ACCUUGGGCUACUUGGGAAACUCUGGGAGUUUGGGAGAUACUUAACUCCCAGAGCUGGUGGUGGUGGGGAACUGCCACUGCUGAACAGAAGGACACUGCCCCCCUGGGGGUUUGGAUCUUGUAGUUGGUCAGCGUCGCUGCUGUAUGCUGGCUUUUCAAGAGUUCAUUAGUAGCUUGUGGAAUGCAACUGUAAGGUUUGAUUUAUUGCAGUGUUUUUCAAACUGAAUCCUAUGGUGAGUUGGAAAUCAGUUUAGUAGAUCACGGCCAUUUAAAACGUGAAACAGAAAAUAUCAGACAGUGUUGCACUUAGUAAGGGUAUUGUUUCUUGACACUUGCUUCAGGUGUACACACACGUGUGAGUGUAUUAGAAGGUGUUCUACAGUGUGUUUCUGUAGGUCGCAGUGAGAAAAAUUUGAAAAGCAUUGGUGUCCUGUGCCCUUCUAUUUGCCCUCUUGCCUUUCUUUGCCUGAGUUUUCAGUCACUUAAAAUUGUCCGUGAGGAUGCAGUUAGCAUGCCAGGAAUAUACAGUAAAGAACAAAGUGGAUAUUCUUCACGGAGGUUACUGUGUGAGAUGAAAGACAGUUCACUAUUCAUCACUGGAAAUACUGUAUGUGCUAUUGAAAAACAAGGAUUUUAUUGAGGAUCUAUCUUGGGAUCCCAUGGCUUUCUUUACUGGGCUCUGGGGCCCCUUCACCUGUGUACGCAGAGCACUGAGCCAUCGCUGUUUCAGCACCACUGGGAGCCUGAGUGCGAUUCAGAAGAUGACGCGGGUACGAGUGGUGGACAACAGUGCCCUGGGGAACAGCGCAUACCAUCGGGCUCCUCGCUGCAUUCAUGUCUAUAACAAGAAUGGAGUGGGCAAGGUGGGCGACCAGAUACUACUGGCCAUCAAGGGACAGAAGAAAAAGGCGCUCAUUGUGGGACAUUGCAUGCCUGGCCCCCGAAUGACCCCCCGAUUCGACUCCAACAACGUGGUCCUCAUUGAGGACAACGGGAACCCUGUGGGGACACGAAUUAAGACACCCAUCCCCAGCAGCCUGCGCAAGCGGGAAGGCGAGUAUUCCAAGGUGCUGGCCAUUGCUCAGAACUUUGUGUGAGUUGAGCCCAGGCCUCUGGUUGCAGGAGGGUUCGUGAAUGGAGCAGUUCUGAGAACGACUCUUUUGCUAAGGGAGCUUGGGAGCCACAUGGCUGCUCCCUUCACACUGGGUAACAGUGUAAUGUCCUGUGAGAGAAUAAAUAUAUUCAUUUAUGUGUUCCGGAGCUUUCUGGGAUGUGGUGGGAAAAUAAAUGACACUGAAGCAGUU